UGUCUCGGUUGUAACAAAACAUUGUUAGUUGUUUUUUGCGUGAUGAUGAUUUUUCGCUGCUGCUGAUAGUUAACGCUCCGUCGCUAAACUCUGCGGUAGUUAAUCGUGUGCUGCAAUCCGAACCAAGUGCAAGGUGAUAUUAAUUAGGAUGAAGUCAUUGCGGUAGAGCGACACGUGUUAAUUUCGUGGUUUGCUUGUCUCCGGGAGUCUCGGGCACAGUCUAGACAAAUCCAGAUUUAAUCGAAGCCAAAAGGGAUUUUCGAUCCAGAAAUUACCUGAAAGAGAAAGAAAGAAAAUAAAUUGACAAAGGUCGGGUCAGGUAUAAAAACAGAAGAAAUCACCGAAGGUAGUUUAGUCGACAAGAAGACGUCGAGAACGAAAGAACUUGUUCCCAACAACAAAUUAAUACUUUGACAAACUUUUUAAUAAAAGACGCAAAAAUGAAAGAAACAUUGCCAGGAUUCGAUCACGGAUAUGUGAAUGAUGCUGUUCAUUGUUCGUCUAUUGAUAUCACAGUGCCGGAAACGCCUCCGCAUGGACAUCUCAGGGGAUCUAAUGAGUUUAUUUUAACAUCCGACGGUCGUAAAGUCCUGAAAACCAACAGUUACGAGCGCAUCGAACAAUGGCUGAGCAAAAAGAAGCAAAGUGCCUUCUCCAAAAAGAUGCUUUACAAAAGACUGCCCAUCCUAAGUUGGCUUCCGCAAUACAAUUCCACAGAUUUCGUUGGAGAUCUCGUUGCGGGCAUCACCGUCGGAUUGACUGUCAUCCCUCAAGCACUCGCAUACUCAAGUAUCGCUGGACUGCCAGCUGCCUACGGAUUAUACGGAUCUUUCCUCGGUUGUUUGGUCUACAUUUUCCUCGGGACUUGCAAAGAUGUUCCUAUGGGUCCCACGGCGAUCGCAGCAUUAUUGACAUACCAAGUCGCCAAAGGAGACGUUUUGAAGGCAGCGCUUUUGGCUUUUCUCACGGGACUUAUUCAAGUGCUGAUGGGCUUCAUGAAACUCGGAUUUUUGAUUGAUUUUGUGAGCGGACCCGUGUCAAGUGGAUUCACGAGCGCCGUUUCGCUGAUUAUUGUGACGUCACAAGUGAAGGAUGUUUUAGGAGUUGAAGCCAAGGGAAGCACUUUUGUUCAGAUUUGGUCGGGAAUUUUUAAAAAUAUCGAUAAAACGAGUUUGUGGGAUACUUGUUUGGGCAUCGGAUGUAUCGUGAUUUUGCUGUUGAUGAGAUUGAUUGCCAUGAUAAAAAUCGGACCAAAAGAGGAAGAAUUGAAAACAACCCGACAAAAAGUCAUCAACAAAAUCCUCUGGUUGAUCGGGACAAGUCGAAAUGCGAUCCUCGUCGUCAUUUGUGGCAUCAUGGGAUACUAUUUCCAACACAAUUCCGCCGAAAAAAAGACUCCUUUCCAAAUAAUCGGCGACAUUCCCGAAGGACUUCCAACAUUCCAGAUUCCAAAAUUCACUUUGAGCGCAAAUGAGUCAUCCACAGGCACAGAAGAGAGUUUCCUUCAACUCGUCAAUGGAUUUGGUUCGGGAUUAAUUAUUUUGCCGUUGAUCACUCUCAUGGAAAAUAUCGCUAUUUGCAAGGCUUUUUCAAAUGGAAAACCAGUAGAUGCAUCGCAAGAAUUGAUCGCCGUGGGAACAGCUAACAUUGUGAACUCUUUCGCGCAAGGCUUUCCGGGAACAGGAUCAUUGUCACGUAGUGCUGUUAAUAAUGCAAGCGGAGUCAGAACGCCAAUGGGAAAUAUUUUUACCUCAGCAAUUGUGUUGUUGUCGCUCAUGUUCUUCACUCCUUACUUCUCGUACAUCCCAAAAGCAACGUUGGCGGGCAUUAUAAUCGCUGCGGUUGUGUUUAUGGUUGAAAUUCGUGUCGUAGCUCCCAUGUGGCGAACGAAAAAGAGUGAUUUGGUACCUGGUCUCGGAACCUUCAUUUGCUGCCUCGCUCUUCCGCUGGAAAUUGGAAUUGUCGUUGGAAUUGGUCUCAAUAUGGCUUUUAUCUUGUAUCACGCUGCUCGUCCGAAGAUUUCCUGCGAAGUUCUCAAAACACACAACAACAUCGAAUACUUGAUGAUCACUCCAGAUCGCGCCUUUAUCUUCCCCUCAGCAGAUUACGUGCGAAAUUUGGUCAUGAAACAGUCGAUGAAGCAAAACUUACCUGUCGUGAUUGACGCAACGCACAUUUAUGGCGCCGAUUAUACCGCAGCGAAUGUCAUUCUGAGCUUAACGCAGGACUUUUCGAAGAGAAAACAACCUUUGUUCUUCUACAAUUUGAAGAGUUCGGUAUGUUCCGUGUUCGAGGGAUUGAGUCCCGUUGACUUUGUGGUAUUUUAUCGGGAAGAAAAUUUGGAUGAAUUGCUCGCGACGAGAGAUUACAAACCGCCACAGCCACAAAUUACCGCCUAAAAAAGUAUUAUUGACGUAGAUUUAAGGAUUUUGUUAGUUUUUAAGUGUGUAAAGGUGUCAAUCUGCUGUUUUUUAUUCGUUUGUCUAAAUACUUUCUUUAUUAAUAUUUAAUUGUAUUUAAUGGUCUUUCUUUGAUAAUAUUUAACGAAUUUGUUAAGGAUAAAAAAUUACGAAAUAAUUUUGACAGUUUGAAAUUUGAUAGUUAAUUUUUUUUGUAAAUUCUUAAUUUAAUGAAUUUCAAAAAUAAUUAAAAUUUGUAAAAUUUAACUUGAAAAUUGCUCAAAAUGAAGAAUUUUAAAAAUUUUGACAGCUGUCAUAUUAUGAGAUGUCAAAUUUUUGACAUUUGAAUUUUUUGAAGCAAAUUUUCGUUGCAGUUUAGGCAAAACUUAAUGAAAAAAUAACAAUAAAUUGAAAAAAGUUAAAAUUUCAAUAAAUUUUGACAAAUGUCAAAUAUGACAGAUGUCAAAAUUUCUCUAAAAUCUUCAAAAACCUUUAAUUUGAAGCACUUUUUGAUUUUUUUUAUCACUUAAAAUCCUUUUGUAAUUUUUAAAUUUUUAAAAGAUCAUAAAAUAUCCAGAAAUUAAAGUUCAGUUUGACAUUUGUCAAAUUCUUGAAACGUCAAAUUUUGACAUUUGGGUAAUUUUUGUUAGAAAUGCAAUAUUUCAAUAUCAAAGAAGAA